AGAGCGGAUCCCUGGAUCCGCAGUGGCUCAGUAACACCCCAUACCUUGGUGGUCUGAUAAAAUAUUGCCCAGAUAUCGGCCUCUACCAAGUGGAGCCACUGGGACCUGCUCUUAGCCAGUUAUCGUCCUCCCAUUUCUCUUCUGUUCUUUGCCCCCCCAAGGAAGGCACAUUUAUUAGUAAAGAGAUACCUCCCUGGAAACUUCCGAGUCAUUACCGACAAUCACUUUUUGAACCCUUUCUCUUUCUUUCCCUCAUCAUCGUGUAAUUAUCUCAAAAGGUAUGUCGUGAGCCCGGUUCCAGACAACCACCCUUGCUUUCCGAGAAAGUCCGAGAGCGACCCGAUUCUGAUAUCCGUCGCAAAACAGAUGGCCUCCGCGACACGUACUUUCGCCCGCGCGGCGAUGCGCACCGCCACCCGGCCGGCUGCCGUGGCCGCUCCUCGAAUGGCCUUCCGCCAGUCUGGCCGCCGCUUUUAUUCUUCCGAGCCCUCCAAGUCCGGCAGCUCAACUUGGAUCUGGCUGAGUGGUCUGGCGGUUGCCGGCGGUGCAGGCGGCUGGUACUAUAUGCAGAACUCGAGCAACGCAACCCCGAAGGUCUUCACUCCCAAGUUUGAGGACUAUCAAGCCGUAUACAACGAGAUUGCCAGUCGCCUGGAGGAGAAUGACGAAUAUGACGAUGGCAGUUAUGGCCCGGUCCUCUUGAGACUGGCAUGGCACUGCAGUGGCACUUAUGACAAGGAGACUGGGACCGGUGGGAGCAACGGCGCCACUAUGCGCUUUGCCCCCGAGUCAGACCAUGGCGCCAAUGCCGGUUUGAAGGCGGCUCGGGACUUCUUGGAGCCCGUCAAGCAGAAAUUCCCCUGGAUAACUUAUUCGGAUCUCUGGAUACUCGGCGGUGUCACCGCCAUCCAGGAGAUGCUGGGCCCCAACAUGCCUUACCGACCGGGCCGCAGCGACAAGGACGUCUCUGCCUGCACUCCUGACGGCCGUCUUCCGGAUGGAGCCAAGACUCACGACCACCUCCGCGAUAUCUUCUACCGGAUGGGCUUCAACGACCAGGAGAUCGUCGCCUUGUCGGGCGCCCACGCCCUCGGUCGCUGCCACACUGAUCGCAGCGGCUUCUCGGGCCCGUGGACCUUCUCUCCCACCGUCCUGACCAACGACUAUUACACCCUUCUGCUGAACGAGAAGUGGCAAUGGAAGAAGUGGGACGGUCCCAAGCAGUACGAGGACAAGACCACUAAGUCUCUCAUGAUGCUGCCGGCCGAUUAUGCGCUCAUUCAGGACAAGAAGUUCAGGCAGCACGUUGAGAGGUACGCCAAGGACAACGACGCCUUCUUCAAGGACUUUUCCGCCGCCGUUACCAAGCUCUUCGAGCUCGGCGUUCCCUUCGCUGAAGGGACUGAGAACCAGAAAUGGGUCUUCAAGCCCCUCAAUGCUUAAACAUGGGGGGACCUGAUGACAGCAACAAUAGACAGAGCAACGAUAGACUUGGGACGGAAGGACAUGAGAAUUAUACGAUAGAGCAGUGACUCGAGUACCCCGGCUUGUGUGCAAGCCCUUGUAUCUA